GCCCCGGCGCUGGGGAAAGCGCGCGGCGGCGAUGGGCGAGACCAUGUCCAAGAGACUCAAGUUGCACCUGAGCGGAGAGACAGAAAUGGAGGAGCGGGCGUUCCCCAACCCCUUCCCGGACUACGAGGCCGCGGCCUCCGCCGCAGCGGCCGAGGAGACGGGCGGUGCCCGCCCCGCGCCGUCCCCCGACGAGCUCGGCCUCCCCUUCCACGACGAUGGGAAGAUCAGCCCGAACUUCACGAGGCGGAUCCAGACCAAAAUCAAAGACCUCCUGCAGCAGAUGGAGGAAGGGCUGAAGACAGCUGAUCCGCACGACUGCUCCGCUUACACGGGGUGGACAGGCAUAGCCCUCUUGUACCUGCAGUUGUACCGGGUCACAUGUGACCAGGCCUACCUGCUGCGGUCCCUGGACUAUGUGAAGAGGACACUUCGGAAUCUGAAUGGCCGCAGGGUCACUUUCCUCUGUGGGGACGCCGGGCCGCUGGCUGUGGGAGCUGUGGUUUAUCACAAACUCAAAAGUGAAGGCGAGUCCCAGGAAUGCAUCACCAAGCUCUUGCAGCUGCAGAGAGCGGCUGCCGGCCGAGACUCAGACCUCCCGGACGAGCUGCUCUACGGCCGGGCAGGGUACCUGUACGCCUUGCUCUACCUGAACGCGGAGAUCGGGCCCAGCGCCGCCUGCGAGUCGGCCAUCAAAGAGGUCGUCACCGCUAUUAUUGAAUCGGGCAAGGCCCUGUCGAGGGAGGAGAGGAAGACGGAGCGCUGUCCCCUGCUGUACCAGUGGCACCGGAAGCAGUACGUCGGGGCGGCCCACGGCAUGGCUGGGAUUUACUACAUGCUAAUGCAGCCAGGAGCAAAAGUGGACCGAGACACCCUGGCAGAGAUGGUGAAGCCGAGCGUCGACUACGUGCGCCACAAGCGCUUCCGGUCGGGGAACUACCCGUCGUCGCUGAGCAACGAGACCGACCGGCUGGUGCACUGGUGCCACGGGGCCCCGGGCGUCAUCCACAUGCUCAUGCAGGCCCACAGGGUGUUUAAGGAGGAAAAGUACCUGAAGGACGCCAUGGAGUGCAGCGAUGUGAUCUGGCAGCGCGGUUUGCUGCGGAAGGGCUACGGGAUCUGCCACGGGACGGCAGGAAAUGGCUACUCCUUCCUGUCCCUCUACCACCUCACCCAGGACAAGAAGUACCUCUACCGAGCUUGCAAGUUUGCAGAGUGGUGUCUCGAAUACGGAACCCAUGGGUGCCGCAUCCCCGACAGACCCUAUUCUCUCUUUGAAGGCAUGGCUGGCACCAUCCACUUCCUCUCCGAUGUCCUGGAACCGGAGACAGCGCGGUUUCCAGCGUUUGAACUUGCCUCUUCGCAGCCGGACAAAAAGGUGUAGAAAGACUACUAAGACACCCAUCUGGACCAAAAGCCACCAUACUGCUCAGUGCCUGACGGAGAACCAACUGUGCGUCCGAGGAAGGGACAGAAGGAGCAGCAGACUGCGCCCCCCUCCCGCCCCCGCCCCCACCCCC